GUACGUCGGUGUGAGGUGCCUAUCUUUUGGAUCUGACGGUGCGUUCACGAAAUGGAGUUGGUAGGGGAGCUACAACGGAGAGAUGACAAAUGGCUAAGAACCUUUGAGAAGGGGUGCAGGCGGUUACAGGUGAUGGUGGGGGAGUUGUCUCCGCGGUCAAAAGAGGAGCCAAAGGUCGAAGGGGGAGCGAUUUCUCUGGCUGAUUGGUUGAAAGAUAUGACCGACGACAUGCUGAAUAUUAUCUGGAUGCUGGAGGAGGGGCCGCCCGGACCGGAUCCCAAGCUCGAAGCCUGCAUCGAUUGGAGGACGGCUGAUGGCAUGAUGUCCGCUUGCCAUGCCCUCUUCACUGAGGGUCGCAACCUGUGUUAUAUGCUUGAGGAGCGGCUGGAGGGUGAUAACGAUAUGGAGGAUGAGGUCUACCAGGAGGAUGGAGCGAACGAAGAGGAUGAAAACCUCGGCGUUAGCAUCAACAACAACAAUAACAAUGACAACAACAACAGCAACAACAACAACAACAACAACAACAACAACAACAACAACAACGUCAACAACAACGGCCACAGCGACAACGACAGCGUCGACAACAGCAACUACAAUGAUGACAUCAACAACAACGUCGUCAUCAAUAGCUUUAACGAAGACAGCGCGGUCGUCGUUGACGGUAAAUGCAUCAAUAAGGACAACAGCAACAACAACAACAACAACAACAAAGACAUCAACAGCGGGACUGGCAACAGUGACAGUGCACUCAUUUUCACUAUCAGUAUGGUGACUGAGAUGCCGGGUUCUGACGUGGACAGUGGGAAGGUGAUUGGGGCUGAAACAAAGUGGGAUUCUAUCCUUCCUCCCUUCAAACUCGAUAUGGAAUUGCUUAUUGCUGUCCGGUUCAGGGCGGGGGUAGGAUAGGCGAAGGGGAUUGAAAUUGUCCCGCCCGCAAUUUCAAUUGAGAACGACGAUCUGCCUCUGCUCGGCAUCCUUACGGAAAUAUAAUUGGUUAGGGUUUCCCCCUCGGAUCUCAUAAUUUGAUUGAUCAACAUAAGAUAGUCACGUUUUGGUGAUACCCCCAAGGGGAGUUGGGUAAUUUAGGGUUUCACGUUUUGCUUUCGCCUCCUUGUUGGGGGAUUGAUGAACAUAUGUUUUGGUAGGAUAACGCAUCAUGGGCUGUAGGUCAAUCCUUCCCUUACGCAGGGACGUAAUCAAUGCCUCAACUCUUU